AUGUUCUCCAACGAAGGCGCCGGCUUCUGCGAGGCGUGCCCGAUAGGCCUCUCGUCUGUCACAGGAGCCUCGGAGUGUACGCCGUGUGGCCCGGGGCAAGCUGGCGAGGAGGGCGACUGCCGCCGCUGCCCAGUCGGAACGUGGAGCGAUGCAGUCGGCUUGGCAUCACGAGCAGACUGCACUCCUUGCCCGAGCGGAUCCUUCUCUGACGUAUUGGGUGCGAUCAGCAACGACACUUGCACGCUUUGCCGCACGGGCAUGUUCUCCAAGGAAGGCGCCGGUGCCUGCAACGCUUGCCCCGCCGGCUCUUCCUCUGAGCCGGGAGCCUCGGAAUGCACGCCGUGUGGCCCCGGCCGAGCCGGCGAGGAGGGUGUCUGCCGCCGCUGCCCAGCCGGAACCUGGAGCGACGCAGUUAGCCUGACGUCGCGAGGAGACUGCUCUCCUUGCCCGAGCGGAUCCUUCUCGGGCGUGCUCGGAGCGACCAGCUCUUCCAUCUGCACCCCCUGCCCUGCUGGCUCAUUUGCCGAAGAUCGCGGCGCCGGCUUCUGCGAGGCGUGUCCUGCGGGUUCGUGGUCCUUUGGUGGCGCCUCGCAGUGCACCGACCUGCUGCUGCCGUGCGCUGCCAUCGGCGCGUUGCUCGCCGCUGGGAUCUGCUGGUUCGCACGGCGGGCGCAGCGGCAUCGGCGACUCGCACUCGCUGCCGCAGUAAGGGAGCGCGACGAGGAGAGACAUCGCGUGCGAGCGGCGAUCCACGACGCCUCUUCGCUGCGAUACCCCUUCUGCGUGAUGCCCUUCUCCGCAUUCGUCGCCUUUGGCCAACUGGUCCCCUUCGAGGAGGCGCGUGACAAGAAAGUGCUCACUUGCUGCGACACGUGGGACGCGGCGGCGCGCUUCGCCGCCAACCACCCUCUCAUCUUCCUCUCGCACCAGUGGCUGUCGUACGUCUCGCCCGACCCGGACAACGCCCACUUUGAGCACAUGGUUGGGGCAGUGAAGGCUCUGGCUGCGGAGCGAUGCUUCGACGCCACCGACUGCUACAUCUGGUGCGACUAUCACUCAAUCCCUCAGUGUAACGAGGCGACCAAGGCGCUGGCUGUCAGCUCCAUUGCACUCUUCGCCGCCUGCACUUCCCACUUCGUGGCGUGUGUGCCCGAGACGCCACACGUCGACACGACUCUUCUUUGCAACCAGGACACCUACUUGAGUCGGGGGUGGUGUCGCCUGGAGCAGUGGGCCUUUAUGCUCGCUAACGGCACCGAUGCGAUGUUCUUCUGCGGCGCCGACUCAGGCGGUGGGCUGCAGCGCAUUGAAGACGUCUCCUCCUGGAUCGAGAAGAGCAUCAUGGUUUUCUGUGGGGCGUUCACGAACGAUGGCGACAAGGCGUUGCUCGUCGGCGUCGUGCUAGGCCUCUACGGCCUAGCGUAUGUCUCCAAGCUGCAGCGGGCCAAGUCGGCCAAGAGCGCCGACGUGCUGUGGGACCAGCUGCAGAAGCAUAAGGCGGCCAUCUUCCCAGUCCAAUUGUUUGGCGACCUCGUCGAGCUUCUCGAGACGGAACUGGCCGAUGCAAUGGCACAGGCAAGCACGACGGAGUUUGAUCUGUUCGACCGCCAGGGCUUCGAGGAGGUGCUGCAGGCGAGCGACCGGCUGUACAAGCAAGCCAUGGAAUCGCUCGGCAACCGAGCGGGGUCCUAUCCAAUACCGUAG